AAUUUGAACUCGGUGCUGGCCUAGUUUCAGCCGGCCAGACCCACCGGGGAGCAAUGUGCUUAUAUACUUCUUGAUCCUGCCCUUCCCUAUCAUGGAGGAUUUUCUCUUUUGACUUAACCCUCGCCGAAACGCUUCGACUAACCUGAUUACGGUCCGAGCUUCCCUCAAGCCAUGGAGGGUCACGGAGAUUCCCCGUAUUCGAGGGCGCCGUCUUCGGACAACAGAGACGACACCGACAGCACAGCAACGGUGCUGGGCGAGGAGUCCAUGCCAAACACCCGCCCUGCUAAUGUUAGCCGCGCCGAAGAUUGGAGCUUGAUGCCCCAGAUCAAACAGCAACAUGCACGAGACGUGGAGUCUGGUUUUAAGAGUCGCGAACUCGGUGUCACUUGGAAGAAUGUGAACGUUGAAGUCGUGAGCGCAGAGGCCGCCGUCAAUGAGAACUUUCUCUCCCAGUUCAACAUCCCCCAGAAGGUCAAAGAUGGCCGCAACAAGCCGCCCCUCCGGUCAAUACUCCAGAAUAGCCACGGCUGCGUGAAACCCGGAGAGAUGCUUCUCGUGUUAGGCCGACCUGGCUCGGGCUGCACAACCCUACUCAAAAUGCUUGCGAACCGACGACUAGGAUAUCGAUCGGUGGAGGGUGACGUCCGCUUUGGCUCGCUUACCCAUAAAGAAGCUAACCGCUAUCAUGGUCAAAUUGUGAUGAACACGGAAGAAGAGCUGUUCUUCCCCACACUGACAGUGGGCCAGACAAUGGACUUUGCCACUAAACUCAAGAUCCCGUUCAAUCUCCCCAAAGGUGUGGAGUCAGCAGAAGAGUACCGCCUGGAAAUGAAGAAGUUCCUACUGGAAUCAAUGGGAAUCUCGCAUACCAACGAUACGAAGGUUGGUAACGAGUAUGUUCGAGGUGUUUCCGGUGGUGAGCGUAAACGUGUCUCAAUUAUUGAGUGUAUGGCCACCCGUGGAUCAGUUUUCUGCUGGGAUAACAGCACACGUGGCUUGGAUGCCAGCACCGCUCUUGAGUGGACCAAGGCCAUUCGCGCCUUGACUGAUGUUAUGGGCUUGUCAACUAUUGUCACGCUGUACCAGGCGGGCAAUGGAAUUUAUGACUUGUUCGAUAAGGUCCUGGUCCUUGAUGAGGGGAAACAGAUUUACUACGGGCCUAUGUCCCAGGCAAGGCCCUUUAUGGAGGACCUGGGCUUCGUCUGCCGCGAGGGAUCCAACGUGGCUGACUUCCUGACCGGUGUGACCGUCCCCACCGAGCGCAAAAUCCGGCCAGGAUACGAGAACCGGUUCCCCCGCAAUGCCGAAAUGCUCCUGGCCGAAUACGAAAAGUCUCCUAUCCGUACACAGAUGAUGGCAGAGUACGAUUAUCCCGAUUCGGAUCUCGCUCGCGAACGCACCGAGAACUUCGAGACCGCUAUUUCGCAUGAUAGAAGCAAGAAACUGCCGAAAAACAGCCCAAUGACAAUCGAUUUUGUUGGACAGGUGAAGGCCUGUAUCGCUCGUCAAUAUCAGAUCCUUUGGGGUGAUAAAGCGACCUUUAUCAUCAAACAGGUGUCGACCUUGGCCCAGGCCUUGAUCGCAGGGUCUCUCUUCUAUAAUGCCCCGAACAAUUCCGGAGGUCUCUUUAUCAAAUCCGGCGCUCUUUUCUUCUCGUUGCUCUAUAAUAGUCUGCUGUCUAUGUCUGAAGUCACAGAUUCCUUCAGUGGUCGGCCGGUUCUGAUCAAGCACAAAGGCUUUGCUUUCUUCCACCCCGCCGCUUUCUGUAUUGCUCAAAUCACGGCCGAUAUUCCUGUCCUUCUAUUUCAGAUAUCUAUUUUUUCCAUCGUGGUCUAUUUCAUGGUGGGCCUCACCACGUCUGCCUCAUCAUUCUUCACCUAUUGGAUUUUGGUUUUUGCUACAACCAUGGUCAUGACUGCAUUAUUCCGUGCGGUUGGAGCCCUCUUCACAACAUUCGAUGGUGCAUCGAAGGUUUCUGGCUUCCUCAUUUCGGCGCUGAUUAUGUACACCGGUUACAUGAUCCAAAAACCCCAGAUGCACCCCUGGUUUGGCUGGAUAUACUGGAUCAACCCUCUCGCAUAUGGGUUUGACGCCUUGUUAUCCAACGAGUUUCACAAGAAAGUUAUUCCUUGUGUAGGCACCAACCUCAUUCCAACUGGCCCUGGGUAUGAAAAUGUCAGUGACCAUCAGUCAUGCGCGGGUGUUGGUGGUGCGAUUCAAGGCAACAAUUAUGUGACAGGCGAACAGUAUCUGGCCUCGUUAUCCUACAGUCACAACCAUGUAUGGCGUAACUUCGGUAUUCUCUGGGCUUGGUGGGCUUUGUUCGUGGCCGUGACCAUCGUUGCUACCACUCGGUGGAAGGCUGCGUCGGAAAGCGGCAACACCCUUUUGAUCCCCCGCGAGCGGUUGAGCACCCAUCAGCAGGUUGCCCGCUUUGAUGAAGAGUCCCAGGUAAACGAAAAAGAGAAAAAAAGAAAUGACAGCAGCUCUGACGAAGGUGACGAUCUCGAUAACCAACUGGUCCGCAACACAUCUGUUUUCACCUGGAAAAAUUUGACAUACACGGUGAAAACACCCUCUGGUGACCGCGUGCUCCUGGAUGACAUUUACGGCUGGGUUAAGCCUGGGAUGCUGGGGGCUCUGAUGGGCUCUUCUGGCGCCGGAAAGACUACACUUCUUGAUGUACUGGCUCAGCGCAAGACUGAAGGAACUAUCCGUGGAUCUAUUAUGGUCGACGGACGUCCCUUACCGGUUUCCUUUCAGCGCUCUGCGGGCUACUGCGAACAGCUUGAUGUCCAUGAACCUUUCGCAACUGUGCGUGAAGCCCUUGAGUUCUCUGCCUUACUCCGCCAGCCACGCGACGUUCCUGAUAAGGAAAAAUUAAACUAUGUGAACACAAUUAUCGAACUCUUAGAGUUACACGAUAUCGCCGACACCUUGAUUGGCCGUGUUGGGGCUGGAUUAAGUGUGGAACAGCGUAAGCGUGUUACCAUUGGUGUGGAACUGGUUUCAAAGCCGAGUAUCUUGAUUUUCUUGGAUGAGCCCACAUCGGGCCUGGAUGGCCAGUCUGCGUACAACACUGUCCGUUUCUUGCGCAAGUUGGCCGAUGUUGGCCAGGCUGUCCUGGUUACCAUCCACCAACCUUCCGCUCAACUGUUUGCUGAAUUCGAUACCCUACUUCUCCUGGCCAAAGGUGGUAAAAUGGUCUACUUUGGUGAUAUUGGUGACAAUGGCCAGACAGUCAAGAAUUACUUCGCUCGUUACGGCGCUGCGUGCCCGGAGAAUGUGAAUCCCGCUGAGCACAUGAUUGAUGUCGUCUCUGGUACUCUCUCUCAAGGUCGCGAUUGGAAUAAAGUCUGGCUGGAGUCUCCUGAAAACCAACGUUCCAUCCAGGAGCUUGACCAAAUCAUCAGCGAUGCAGCAUCCAAGCCCCCUGGUACCUUUGAUGACGGCCGAGAAUUCGCCACAAGCCUCUGGACCCAGUGCAAGAUUGUAAGUCGGCGUAUGUGUGUGGCCUUGUUCCGAAAUACCGACUACAUCAACAAUAAAUUGGCUCUCCACAUUGGCUCGGCCUUGUUCAACGGUUUCUCGUUCUGGAUGAUCAACGAUUCCGUCUCAUCCAUGCAACUCCGUCUCUUUACUGUUUUCAAUUUCAUCUUCGUCGCCCCUGGCGUCAUCAAUCAGCUUCAGCCGCUCUUCCUGGAACGUCGAGAUAUCUACGACGCCCGGGAGAAAAAGUCGAAAAUGUACUCAUGGGUUGCCUUCGUCACGGCGUUGAUCGUAUCUGAAAUUCCUUAUCUCUGUCUCUGUGCAGUUCUUUACUUCGUAUGCUGGUACUACACUGUUGGCUUCCCUAGUGACUCUGAUAAGGCUGGUGCCAUCUUCUUCGUUAUGUUGAUGUACGAGUUUGUCUACACCGGUAUUGGCCAGUUCAUUUCCGCCUAUGCGCCGAAUGCCAUCUUCGCCGCCCUGCUCAACCCGGUUAUCCUCGGAACCCUCGUCUCCUUCUGCGGUGUUCUGGUCCCCUACCAACAGAUCCAAGUCUUCUGGCGGUAUUGGAUAUACUGGUUGAACCCGUUUAACUACCUCAUGGGUAGCAUGCUUACUUUCACCAUCUUCGACGUGGAGGUGAAGUGCAAGGACUCCGAGUUCGCCCUGUUUGACCCUCCCAAUGGCACCACCUGUCGUGAGUACCUUUCAGAUUUCAUGCAGGGCAUGGGCGCCCGCAUGAACCUCCUGGACCCCGAUGCGACAUCCGGCUGCCGAGUAUGUCAGUAUACCCGAGGAAGCGACUACCUUCUUGGGAUUAACAUAAAGGAUUACUACUAUGGGUGGCGUGAUGCCGCCAUCGUCGUUAUUUUCGCCCUUAGCUCGUAUGGCCUUGUGUACGGUCUCAUGAAGCUGCGUACCAAGGCCUCGAAGCAGGCGGAAUAACUCCCCCGACCCGCCGUUUCAGGUCAUUCGUCUCCCCUCUACCUUACACUUAAUGUUUUGUUCGUUGGCUUUUGUAUUCCCUAGAAAAUGAUUUUUGCCGGAUUAGACCAGCAUUGUCGAUAGAAUCGCUGCAUUUCCCCUGUUUUCUUUCUUUGUUCAUGAUAGAGCGAGAUAUAGAGAGAGA